AAUUUACUAGACCAUUGCAGAUUUAUUUCUGAAGAAAUUUCCCCCAUGUAUAAGAAAAUAAGCCAACAGAUGAGCACGUAGAAAUGGCUUUGAAAACUAAACCGGCUUAUUACCGAAUCAAAAAAUUGAAAAAAUUUCAAUUGAGUCGUAAUUGAUAAAAUUGAUUUCAAAGGACAUGAAUUGGGAAAAAUUGAGUCGACAUGUUCGUUUUUCAACACCAUAAAAACAACCAUUGAUGCUCAUUUCCCUCCAUAACCUAGUUUCACUUCAAACGAGCAGUGGAUUAUUUAAAAAAAGGAUUUUGUACCAUCCCUAUGAUAAAAUAAUUAACACCAACAUUCACUAUUAUACUCGUAGAUCGCAUAUUUCGCAACAAAUAAAUUAAUGUUCUUAUUGAAUAAAUAGGUAAUGAUUUCAAAACUCUGAUCCUUGACUCCACGAUAUGAAAUUCUGAUAAUAGACAAUUUAGUGAACUACUUCCUCAAGUCUCAUUCAAACUUCUGUGUUGGUAUUAGUCAGUCUGUUCUCCUUUUCCAGACCUUGAACGCCAUGAACUACCAAAACAAGCUCACAUUUCUCAUUCUACUGGUAUUGAAAGUAAUUCUCUCAACACAGAACGACCUGCCUCCCAGAAAAUACGAUAUCAUACCAUCGUUGGGUAAUUGGAUCACUAAUAUAAUUGAAACUGUCGAUUCUUCCAUUAAAGAUGCAUACGCUUCAGUCGUACGCCACAAAAUUCUUGAAUUGGAAUACAACAUAACCCAGAACGUGAAUUUACCUUUCCAAUCAAAGAUCAUUUUUUACGAUAUCACAUUUUAUGUACAUAAAACAGAUGCAGCAGAAUCCACCCCACUUAAACUGAGUAAAAACAAACUAUCCGAUAACCAAAUACGUUUGUCGACUCCACAUUUCAGAAUCACUUUGGAAGGAGAACUUCGUACAGUAAAGAAUCAGUCUUACACUAGCUACUUCACCACGUUGCAUUUUCAGGACUUCGUGUUGGACGUGACUCCAAAACCUGACGACCCUUCAGGUUCAAAAUUCUCUUUCGAAUUUUCUUAUAAAAGCUAUCGCACGGUACAUCACGUAACUCAAGAAGAGAUCACAUGGCCUAAAGGUGAUUUGACAGAAAACCAGAAAACAGAAUUAACGCGCUUGAUUAAACCCAUCCUUCCUUUAUUGUUACGCGAACAUAUGAAUCGUAAUCCAGAACUUUCCAAAGCAUUCGAUCACAUUAUCAAAAUCUACACCAUAGCUUCCAAUAUUAUCUCGACACAAAUGGAUUUCUUCGAACAUCACCAACAGUAUUACUACCUCAUACCGCAAAUUCACUUUUAUGGUUUUUAUUUGAGAGAUAUCGUUGUUCAGGGCGUUCUGAAUAUCGACUCGUUGAAUAUUGAAGCCAAUGGCGAUUUGUCUUGGUCUCCUGUCAGCUACACUCAAACUUUGUUGAUGAAGAACAUCGUUGGCAAUAUUACUUUGGAUUACUGUUCUGAAAAUCAUUCUCCUUUGAAAUUGAAGUACCAGAUUAAUUAUCUUGCGAUUACUACUAAGAAAGGAUCCGAUCUAGUGCAAGUGGAAGCGAGAGGUUACAACAUUAGUCGAACAACCGGUGCUCCAUUAACUACUCGUCAAUCGGCGAAUAUAAUUUGUAAAAUAGAAUGUGCGAUUGCAGCUGCUUUGAUGACAUCCAAAAAAGCUCAGAAAUCGUGCGAUAUUGUCGGCCAAAUUGAUAUCACGAAUUCAUCUGACUGGAAAAUGAUUGAAAGAAAGUACAGCCAGUGGAUCCCAUUCAACGAAUUCAAUAAUAUUACGAGUACUCGUACUUCUGCAUCUACACGAGUCGAUAGCACUCUUCCAGUCACUCGAGUCAACAGCACUAAGGAGAAACCGUGGUUUGAGCAAGGAAUAUCGUACGACACGAAUGGAUUCUUUAUGUGGCAACGUUAAAAUAGAUUCAUUUCGUACAUA